CGUGGCAUGCUGACCAUGAGCAUCAACUCCUCUCUCAGCCACGGGAAGGAACUGGCUAACGUCCCCGGCUCAGAGGGAGAGGACGGGGCAGUCACCAUCACGGAGUCUAUUGCCAUCAUCAUCAUCGCCAUCUUCGUCUGCCUGGGGAACUCGGUGAUCGUGUUCACCCUGUAUAAGAAGUCCUAUCUCCUGACCCUUAGCAACAAAUUUGUCUUCAGCCUGACCCUGUCUAACUUCUUGCUGUCUGUGCUGGUUUUGCCCUUUGUGGCGACGAGCUCCAUCCGGAGGGAAUGGAUAUUUGGGGUGGUCUGGUGCAACUUCUCCGCUCUCCUCUAUCUGCUCAUCAGCUCUGCCAGCAUGCUUACCUUGGGUGUCAUUGCUAUUGACCGCUACUAUGCUGUCCUUUAUCCCAUGGUGUACCCCAUGAAGAUCACUGGCAAUCGGGCCGUGCUUGCCCUCGUCUACAUCUGGCUCCACUCCCUCAUCGGCUGCCUUCCUCCCUUGUUUGGCUGGUCAUCGGUGGAGUUUGAUGAAUUCAAAUGGAUGUGUGUGGCUGCCUGGCACCGGGAGGUUGGGUACACAGCCUUUUGGCAAAUCUGGUGUGCUCUGUUGCCCUUUGUGGUCAUGGUGGUGUGCUAUGGCUUCAUCUUUCGCGUGGCCAGGGUGAAGGCUCGCAAGGUCCAUUGUGGUACCGUGGUCAUCGUGGAGGAGGAUGCCCAGAGGAAUGGGAGAAAGAACUCUAACACCUCCACCUCCUCCUCAGGUAGUAGGAGGAACACUUUCCAAGGAGUGGUCUACUCUGCCAACCAGUGCAAAGCACUCAUCACCAUCUUGGUCGUGAUCGGGGCAUUUGUUAUUACAUGGGGUCCCUACAUGGUCGUCAUCACUUCUGAAGCCCUUUGGGGGAAGAACAGUGUCUCUCCUGCCUUGGAGACCCUGGCCACAUGGUUAUCUUUUACCAGUGCCAUCUGCCACCCUCUCAUCUAUGGACUUUGGAACAAGACAGUGCGUAAAGAACUACUAGGCAUGUGCUUUGGAGACCGAUAUUACCGAGAGCCAUUUGUCCAGCGACCUAGAACUUCUAGGCUCUUCAGCAUCUCCAACAGGAUUACAGACCUAGGACUAUCACCACAUCUUACCGCCCUCAUGGCAGGAGCGCAGCCACUGGGUCAUAGUAGCAGCACUGGGGACACUGGUUUCAGCUGCUCACAGGAUUCAGAAGCUGCCAAAUCCUCCAUUCUCCACGUGAAGGCCGAAGUGCACAAGUCCCUGGACAGCUAUGCAGCCAGCUUGGCCAGAGCCAUUGAAGCAGAUGCCAAGAUUAGCAUGUUUGGGGAGGAGGCUCUGCCUGGAGUACUAUUGGCAACUCGGACUGUGCCAGGGGGAAGCUUUGUGAGCCGCCGAGGCAGUCGAACUCACACUAGCCAGAAGCUGCAGCUGCAGAGCAUCGACGAAGGAAACAUUUAGCUUUGAGGCCAUCAGUGAGAGUCCGGAGACACCAGUCAGGGGCAGGGACUAUAUACCAUUCUAUAUGAUGCCAAGAAAUCAAGAUCCUUACCAAUGAAACUGGGGCCCUGGAUUGACACACUUGGUUUUUAAAGGACAAUGUGGGGAGCUGAUAUACAAGCACCAAAAAAAAGAAAGAGAGAAAAAAUGACAAAAAUGACAAAAUUGCUACAGUUGGGAACUAAUUUAGGAUUAUUGUUAAGCUGUAGCCAAUCUUCUAGGUUCUAGUAACUUUUUAUCCCUGAAGGGAGUCAAGGCACAUAGACAAGCAGAUGUAGCACGGUUCUAUUUUAUUUGGAGAGGACAGUGUUGCCAGGUCCACGAAAUUGGGGCAGAGAAAUUUGAAUGUAGCCCAGUCACCCUGGUGAGGAGGCUGCUUUACUCAUCACUUUCUUUACUGAGGGACCUUCAUGGUGUAUUGUACCAAGAACCUUAGAAAGAGGUGAAUGCACUUUCGAGAGAGGGCAUCCUUCUCCAUCUUCUCCAAGGGCAUCAGAGGAGAGUCUUGUUCUUUGGGUUGGUUUGUGCCCUUGGGUUCUGUGUGCAGUGAUUCAGCUCAUGCUGGGGAGGAAGAAAAUCAGAGGGCUUGUCUAGCAGAAUUCCUAGCACAUGAAGGAUUAAAAAUCCUAAGAGCUGGUGCCCAAGCUAGCCACCUAGCUGGUUGGUGGGUGCUUGUUGCUAAAGGCUACAGGGGGGCCAGGUCAGAGGGAGCUGAGUUUGUCCUUGCCAGAGAGUAGAUUGAAGACCAGACCAUUGGGUUUGCUCAUCCAAGGGUGUUUCUAUUUCACGAGAAAGGGGGAAAACCACUAUUCAUGAGACAGAAGUGGGGUCAUCGAGCUCGUGUUUCCAGUUGAAAACUUUCAAUUAAUGGCAGAGACUCGGUAGGGGAAAUGGU